AGCCAUCUUUCCCUUCCAGUUGCAACGGACUGUGAAGACAGUUGCUCAGCUCCAAAUUCGAAAAACUUCAAAUCAGGAAGCUGCUGAAGCUCCUUACCACAAAACAGAAAUGAAGAGGGCUACAAAAAUCAUCAAACAACCUCCACUUACUUGAUUUGUGGUGCUAUCAGGUCAGCAUCUAAAAAGCUAAGUUUGCUGCCCACUAAGGAUCAGAAGAUCUGAUCCUGCUUACAGAACUGUCCCUCAUUACAGAAUUCUAGAUCCCCACCUCAUCCUUCCAAACCAUCCCUGAAGACCUGUAAGAGAGUUCCAUCUCAGAAAGCACUAGGAGUUCUUGGGAGGGGAAGAAAGAAGAAGAUUAUUGGUUGGAAUAAAAACAGGGUUGAAUGAGUUCCAGAAAGCAGGGCUCUCAAACCCGUGGACAACAAUCUGCCGAAGAAGACAACUUCAAGAAACCAACUAGAAGCAACAUGCAGAGAAGCAAGAUGAGAGGGGCCGCCUCAGGAAAGAAAACAGCUGGUCCUCAGCAGAAGAAUCUGGAGCCAGCUCUUGCAGGCAGAUGGGGGGGUCGCUCUGCAGAGAAUCCCCCAUCUGGAUCUGCAAGGAAGACCAGAAAGAACAAGCAGAAGCCUCCUGGAAACGGAGAUGGUGGCAGUACCAGCGAAGCACCUCAGCCACCUCGGAAGAAAAGGGCCCGGGCAGAUCCUACUGUGGAAAGCGAGGAGGCAUUCAAGAAUCGUGUGGAGGUGAAGGUGAAGAUUCCUGAAGAAUUAAAACCAUGGCUUGUCGAGGACUGGGACUUAGUUACCAGGCAGAAGCAGCUGUUUCAGCUCCCGGCUAAGAAGAACGUGGAUGCCAUCCUGGAAGAGUAUGCAAAUUGCAAGAGAUCUCAAGGAAAUGUCGACAACAAGGAAUAUGCAGUUAACGAAGUUGUGGCGGGAAUAAAAGAGUAUUUCAAUGUGAUGUUGGGCACUCAGCUGCUCUAUAAAUUCGAGAGGCCCCAGUAUGCCGAGAUCCUCAUGGCUCACCCUGAGGCGCCUAUGUCUCAGGUUUAUGGUGCACCCCACCUUCUGAGAUUAUUUGUAAGAAUCGGCGCGAUGUUGGCUUACACGCCCCUUGAUGAAAAGAGCCUGGCGCUAUUGUUGGGCUAUCUGCAUGAUUUCCUAAAAUACCUGGCAAAGAAUUCUGCGGCCCUGUUUACUGCCAGUGAUUACAAAGUGGUUUCUGCCGAGUACCAUCGCAAAGCCCUGUGAGGGUCUACUGACCACUCACUGUUAAUGUCUGGAUAUCUGUAAACCUUUUUUUUUUUUUUUUUGGUUCUUAGUCCUUUUUCUUGUAUAAUUGAUGUUCUCUAAAAUUGUUAAUGUAUCACAGGGCUGACAUUUAAGUUCGUUUUCUGUUUGUUUCGAACAGAAAAUAGAAGGGAGUCUAAACUCCUUUUCUCAUUUCAAAGUUGCUACCAGUGUGCGCAGUUAUUAGACAAUGAAGAAACCUUCAGUAGAACAUUUUAUUGCCUAGUUGACAACAUUGCUUGAAUGCUGGUGGUUCUUUCUAUCCCUUUGACACUACACAAUUUUCUAAUAUGUGUUAAUGCUACGUGACAAAAUGCCCUGAUUCCUAGUGCCAAAGGUUCAACUUAAUGUAUAUACCUGAAAACCCAUGCAUUUGUGCUCUUUUUUUUUUUAUGGUGCUUGAAGUACAACAGCCCGUCCUCUGCAAAUCAUCUAUGUUGUUGUUCCUUAGGCAUUCUAUCUUUGCUGAAAUUGUUGAAGGAUGGUGGUUUGUUUCAUGGUUUUUGUAUUUGAGUCAUACAUAUUCUAACAUGAUAGAGGCAAUGCAUUCUUGUGUAGCCGCGGUUUUCUGAAAAGUUGAUAUUUUAGGAAUUGUAUUUCAGAUCUUAAAUAAAAUUUGUUUCUAAAUUUCAAAACAAA